UACUGUGAGAAGAGUCGGUCAGAAGUUGAGAUUCUGUGCAGGAGAUCACAUCGCCAGUAUGAAUCGCGGUUACCUGUUACUUUUGAUCGUCUGUGCCGCUGGAAUUUCAGAUUCGAUGGGCUUUCCACAGGACGAAUUAAUUAAGCCGGAUAGUGACGAAUCGGAAUCGAGCGGUGUUGGAUUCGUCACUCUCGACGGAACCACCAGCGAAGAGAGUGACGAAAGCGGCCAAAGGAAUGCCUCCGAUGAUCUGAUUUUCCUUACUCACAAGAAACCAAGUCCUUCCAACAAUUCCAUCGAUUUGAGCGCCUUUGUGGCUCUGAUUCCAGUGCGAAGAGUCCAAAUCAUAGCUAAGCAGUACUACUUCAGUGAUGAGGAGUUCCAAAGAGCCUACACAUUUCUCAGCAGCAGCUAUUUUGCGACCAUCAAGCGGAAGAUCCUUCAGCUGCCGGAAGUCCUUGCGUUCACCAACUACAUGAGCGAUCAAGGAUUGGAUGUGGUCAAGGUGGUGCAUUCGGUGGCAGAGGUGUUCACAGUUUCCGCUAUGAGCUCUAUUGAAAUGAAAGAACUACAAUACACCGGAAAACUACCAAAAGGCCUGCAUGGAAUGGUGGAGAGGGUUCUGGAGAUCCUGCCACAGGACCAACUGAAUGCCCUAUUUUUCGACUACUUUUUAAACUUUUUCGAAAACAUUAGCAGUCCAAAGUUUGCCAAGAUAAUGAACGAUCUAAAGAACUCAUUGCCGCUGCGAAAUUUCCUAUUUGUCCUGCACAACAAUAGCAUUUUUGUGCCGAAGAUUGUGGAGUCCGUGAAAUCGUAUCUAUCCAUCGCCAGUUAUUAAUUUGCUUAAGACUUCGGGGAAAUGUUAAAUGUGGUAGGCAAAUGAGGGGAUGUAACUAGGUAUUUUUAUUGGUCGUUUAUUCCUCUUAAAAUAAAUAAACACUUCAAUAAUGGUCCAGAAAUGUA